AUGUUCGCUUACCGUUCGGUUCCGUCUUUGAUUCCUGGUGAUGGAUGCCAAUUAGAAGAAUUUGAAGAUUUUUUUGUUGGGUGUAAUUGCCUUGAUGUUUGCUCAGCUGCUAGCAGAUGUUCUUGUUUUUUUUUUUUCAUAAACAUAUAUGAUGUAUAUGAAAACAAUAAUUCUAUUCGAGAAUCAGCUGUGGAGUUGCCUAUUUUGGAGUGUAGUACUUCAUGCGUAUGUUCCAACUGGUCACAUCCGUGUAGCAACCGCUGUGUACAGUUUGGACCCCAACUUCCUUUAGAAAUAUUUUUGACGCCAGAAAAAGGAUUUGGUUUGCGUUGUAAAGAUUCAGUUCAGAAGGGACAGUUUAUUGCGGAAUAUGCAGGCGAAGUUAUUGGGCCUUUUGAAGUCGAGAAGAGGACUUUGGAAAAUUGUUUGAACAACUAUAUUUUUACAACAAAAGUUCGAUUUAAAAUUUUGUUUUUUUACAUUGAUGCACGACAUUAUGGCAAUGUUGCCCGUUUUAUUAACCACAGUUGUGAACCUAAUUUGGAUAUUGUUUUACUACGCAUUGGUACUCCAGUUGUUCAUGUAGCCUUGUUUGCAAAUCGGAAUAUUGCAAAAUUCGAGGAACUGACUUACGAUUAUGGCCUCUCGAGUUGCAGUAAAAGUAACAGUGAGGAAUGUCCCCGAAAAUGCUUGUGUGGUAGCCUCGGUUGUAAAGGCUUUCUUCCAUUUUCGCUUAGGGAUCCCUCGUAA